AUGCCCGCGUCCCCUCCCGACCAAGUGGCGUAUCUGCGCUCGCUCCCGUCCGUGCGCGACAGCUGCCACCGCGUCCUGCGACUCGCCCAAGAGGACCGACUGCCCCAUUUUGCAGUGGUCGGGACGAAAGUGCCGGCGCUGGCGGAUUACGUCAUCCGCGUGAUGCGGCAGUCGUACCCGAACGAGGCGCUCGUCCCGUUCCACUCGCGCUGGCGCCACUUUGAGACGGGCGAUCCGCAGCGCGUGGAAAAGAUGACGUCAACAUGGCACUGCCACGAGCUGGAAAGGGCGCGACGAUUGGUCGACUUGGCGCUCGUCAGCGUCUUACUGGACGCCGGCGCGGGCUCUUCGUGGCGGUACCGAGAGCCUGAAACGGACGACUGCUACAGCCGCAGCGAGGGACUGGGCGUCGCCAGCUUGCACAUGUUCCUGGCCGGCUGUUUCUCCGCCGACCCGACUCACGAGCCCCAUCGAGUGGACGCGCAAGCGCUGACGCACCUGGCAGACGAUGCAGUUGCUAGAGCUUUUCAAGUGACAGAGACGAAUCCGCUACUCGGCUGUAGUGGACGCACGGAUCUGCUCAAGCGUCUAGGGACGAGCAUAGCCAACUACCCAGAGUUUUUCAAAGGAACUGACGGAUCGAUUCGGCCUGGCAAUAUGGUGGACUACCUGAUGAAAUGCCAAAGCGCCAGUCGAGAAGUAUCGAUUACGGAGCUGUGGAAGGUGGUAGUCUACGGAUUGCAGGACAUUUGGCCCGAGAGCCGGACGCGCAUUGAUGGCCAGAACAUGGGUGACGUGUGGGAGUUACCUUACUUACCGGAACACGAAAAAGCAGGCAGAUUUGUGAGUUUUCACAAGCUAUCGCAGUGGUUGACAUAUUCGCUCCUGGAGCCGCUUCAGAACGCCGGGUUGACGAUAACUGAUCUCCAACUGAUGACUGGGUUGCCCGAGUAUCGCAAUGGUGGACUUCUGGUGGACUUCGGUGUGCUCGUGCCCAAGUCAUCAAGCACUCUUACCGACGAGUUUAGCCCAAGCGCUGAGAUGAUCAUCGAAUGGCGAGCUCUCACUGUUGCACUCUUGGACGAGCUGCACACUGUGAUCUUGGAGCGUCUUAACUUCACUGCCGAGAUUUUCCCGCUGGUCAAGAUGCUCGAAGGUGGUACUUGGAAGGCUGGACGAGUCAUUGCGAGCGAGAAACGCACAGACGGUGGACCUCCCAUCAAGAUCAAGAGCGACGGCACUGUGUUUUAG